CCAUUCAAUAGCUUUGUUGUGCUUGGCUGGAAUCAUGGCGGACUUAUCCCGUUCAGAAUCCAGGCGAUUGUAUUCUUGGUGGUGGGAUAGCCACAAUACUCCGAAGAAUUCAAAAUGGCUUCAGGAAAAUCUUACAGGUAUGGAUGCGAAAGUAAAGGCAAUGAUCAAGCUCAUUGAAGAAGAUGCAGAUUCAUUUGCAAGGAGAGCAGAAAUGUACUAUAAAAAACGUCCACAGCUGCUGAAAUUGGUUGAAGAGUUCUAUCGUGCUUACCGUGCACUAGCAGAGAGGUAUGAUCAUGCAACUAUGGAUCUUCGGCAAGCCCAUCAAACCAUGGCUAAAGCAUUUCCAAACCAAGUGCCUUGUGAGCUGGCUGAUGACUCACUCUUAGGCUCUUCAGGUGCUGAGGGAGAGCUUCACAUGCCAAAAAUGCCACACCCAGUUCAUGCAUUAGUUGACUCAGGUGACUCGCACGAGGAUGCACUAGGACUCUCUUCGGCCAACCUGCAUGCCAUGAAAAGCAACAGUAGAAAUCCCGAAGGAUCAGACUCUGGAAUUAGCAGAAGUGAUUUAAAUGACAUGUUUGAAUCAAAAGUAUUGGUUUCAAGAGUUUCAGGAGGAAAGACGAAAUCAUGCCCAAACAUCCAAGAACUGGUGGGGGACAAAACUGAAGUAAAAAACUUGAAGAAAACCCUUGCAGAGAUUCAAACUGAAAAGGAAGGUGUUCUUCUUCAAUGCCAGCAGAAGAUGCAGAUGUUAUCUAUCCUGGAAAGAGAACUUAAGGAAGCUGGAGGACUUGAAGAACAAGCAAGCAGAGCUGAAAUUGAAGUCAAAAUCCUGAGGGAAACCCUUGUUAAAUUAGAAUCUGAGAGGGAUGUUGGUCUCCUUCAGCACAAUAAAUGUUCGCAAAGAAUAUCUAGUCUGGAGAAUACAAUCUCUCAAACACAUGAGGAUGCAAAUGGACUCAACGAAAGAGCAAUAAAAGCAGAAAUAGAAGCUAAAAAUCUCAAGCAAGAACUUUCUACCUUGGAGGUUGACAAGGAAGCUGAUCUUCUUCAAUACAAUCAAUGUCUUGAAAUGAUAUUAAUUUUGGGGAAUAAAAUCUCGCUUGCAGAGGCAAAUGCAAAAAUGCUUAAUGAGCAAACUGAAAGAACAGAGGCUGAAGUUAAAGCAUUGAAGGAAGCUCUUGCCAGGUUGAACAAAGAGAAAGAAGAUGCAGAACUUCGGUAUGAGCAAUGUUUGGAAAGAAUAGAUGAAAUGGAGUGUGAAAUUUCUCAUUCCCAAGAAGAUGUCCAAAGACUCAAUAGUGAAAUUAUAACAGGUGCUGCAAAAUUGAAAGAUGUAGAAGAACAAUAUUUUCUGUUAGAGAGAUCAAAUCAAUCUCUGCAGAUGGAGGCGGACAAUCUGGCACAGAAGAUAGCAAAAAAGGAUCAACGACUUCUGGAGAAAGAAGACGAAUUGAAGAAACUUCAAACUUCACUGCAAAAUGAGCGCUCACGGUUUAUCCAAAUUGAAGCUGCUUUGCAAACUUUGCAGAAGCUGCACUCUCAAUCUCAAGAGGAGCAGAGAGUUUUGGCACAAGAGCUUGAGAAGAAACUUCAGUUGUUGAAGGACUUGGAGAUAAGCAACAACGACCUGCAGGAAGAUCUCCAGCGGCUUAAGGAAGAGAACCAGAGUCUUGAUGAACUGAAAAGUUCCUCCGGAAGUUCAAUAAUGAGUUUACAAAAUGAAAAUUUCAACCUGAAAGAAGUGAAAGAAAAACUCGAACAGGAUCUUUCCAUACAAGAGGCCCAAAAUAAUUCCCUGCAGAAAGAGAUCCAACAUUUGAAGGAGGAUAUUGAUUACUUGAAUAGGAAAUAUCAUGAUUUAAUAGAGCAAUUGAGCUUAUUUGGUUUGGAUCCCAAGAGCCUGAAUUCAGCAGUCAAGGACUUGCAAGACGAGAACUUGAAGCUGAAAGAAGCCUAUGAAAUGGACAGAAAUGAAAAAGAAGCUCUACAUGAGAAGUUGAGGGACAUGAAUGAGCUUCUGGAGAGAAAUGUUGGUCUGGAGAGAUCUCUAUCAGAAUUGAAUAGCAAGUUUCAGGGAUCAAUGAAACGGAUCGAAGAAUUACAGGAGUCCUGCCAGUUUCUUCAAGGAGAAAAAUCUGGUCUUGUUGCUGAAAAAGCCAUCCUGCUUUCUCAGUUACAAACUAUGACUGAGAAUAUGCGAAGGCUCUUGGACAGAGAUGCCAUGCUGGAGGAUUCACUCACUCGUGCAAAUGCUGAAGUUGGAGGUUUAAGGGCGAAGUCAAAAGGUUUGGAAGAAUUAUGUCAGACGCUCAAAGAUGAGAAAUCCAAUCUUCAAAAUGAAAGAAGCACCUUCAUGAGUCAGCUAGAAAAUGUUGAACAGAGACUUGGAAUUCUAAAAAGGAGGUUUACAAGAUUAGAAGAAAAACAUGAAGCAAAAGAACUGCAGAGUUACCUUGGCAAAAAAAGACAAGGGCGUGCAUGUCAUAUACAGUCUAGUGAAUCCCAAUUGGCAGAUCUGGAGAACCAGGUCCUUCUUCAGAAAGAAGAAACUAAAUUGAGUAACAAAGAAUAUGAAGAUGAACUAGACAGGGUUGUCAAUGCUCAGGUUGAGAUCUUCAUCUUGCAGAAGUUUAUACAAGAUUUGGGAGAGAAGAAUUCAUCUUUGUUGCUUGAAUGCAAGAAACAUGUUGAAGCAUCCAAAUUCUCAAAUAAAUUGAUAUUAGAGCUAGAGACCAAGAAUCUUGAGCAACAGGUGGAAGUAGAAUUCUUAUUGGAUGAAACUAAAAAGCUGAAAAUGGGAGUUCAGCAAAUAUUCAGAGCUAUUCAGUUUGAUCCAGUCAAUGAGCAUGAAGAUGGGAUCGAAGAAGGGCAAAUUCCUGUUCUUGAUAUUUUGCAUCACAUCGAGGGCUUAAAAGAUUCCCUUCUAAGAAAUGAGGAUGAGAAGCAACAACUAGUGAUUGAGAACUUGAUGCUCUCAACUUUAAUUGGAGAACUAAGAUUAGAGGGCGCAGAAAUCAAGUCGAAGAAGAAAAUCUUUAAGCAGGAGUGUGACAUUAUGGCAGAGCAAUAUAGAAUGCUGCAAAAGGAUAUGCAUGAACUUGUAGAGAUGAACAUGCAACUGAGAAUGGAAGCAAGUAAACGAGAGCAGCAAGAGGAGGUAUUGAAGGAUGAACUGGAAAUUCAACAUGCAAGUCUUGAAAGUUUGCAGGGUUCUUACCUUGCAUUGCAAGAAGAAAACUUCAAGGCACUUGAAGAAAACAGAGCUUUACUUGAGAAAUUUUCAGAUUUGAGAAAGAAAAUGUGUAUAUUGGAAGAGGAAAAUAGUGCAUGUCUCCAGGAAGUAUUGUUGCAAUAUGACUCAUAGAUUGCUCUCACGAAAGGAAGG